AUGAAACUCCUUGGAUUAAUCACCGUCGGAACCACUCUGGUACAAGCACAAGUACCUUAUACCGAGUAUGUCUUGACGCCACGGUCUCGGAUACUUCGACCAGCGUCCGUGUACAAUGUCAAUGGUACAGUCUCGAAUGCAGAGCAACUCACAACCGGCACAACUGCAGCCACCACCUUCGUCGGUCAGUCAGCGGUGACUUAUGACUUUGGCAAGAACGUAGCUGGACUUGUCAGCUUCAAUGUGAGUGAUGUCUCAGGGCAGAACGACCACAUAGGCAUAUCCUUCACAGAGAGCAGCUUAUGGAUCAGCUCGGAAGGAUGUGACGCUACGGCAGAUUCUGGGAUCGACGAAGCACUCUGGUGGGCAGUCCAACCUGGAAUGCAAUACACAGCGGAAAAGCAGUAUCAGCGAGGCGGCUUUCGCUACCUCAACGUCUACCACAACGAUUCGACCGACAAUGUGACGCUAGCUGACCUGCACGUGUACUACACCGCAGUCCCGCACUACACGGACGAGCAGCUGGCUGAAGGAGUCCAGACAGGUUUCUUCCAUUGCGAGGAUGACCAGAUCAAUCGAGUAUGGUAUGCUGGUGCAUACACCAACGAGUUGUGUACCAUCGAUCCGACUGCUGGAAAUUCGCUGAUAUACCUUGGUGAGGUCAACUCCACAUCCAACAUCACUGAACCUCUCCCGUGGUACAACAAUUACACAAUCUCAAAUGGAACGGCAGUUCUUGUCGAUGGCGGGAAACGUGACCGCUUGGUGUGGCCUGGCGAUAUCUUAAUAUCGCAACCUGGCAUCUUCGUUUCUACCUACGAUAUGGAAAUGCUCCGAGACUCUCUCGACUCCUUGCUUGUCCUCCAAAAUACUUCAGGUGCACUUCCAUACGCCGGCAGGCCAUUCGGCACGGCACUCCCGGUUUGGUCAUUCACAUAUCACCUACACAGUCUCACGGACAUAUACGACUACUAUCUAUACACAGGAAACCUGUCAUACCUUGAACAGACCUGGGACAUAUACAAGUUGGCCCUCAACUUCUCGCUAUCUUUCGUUGAUGACACGGGUCUGGCAAAUGUCACCACCUCAGCCGAUUGGCUGCGUUUCGGCAUGGGCGGCCACAACAUCGAGGCUAACGCUAUUUUGUAUUACGUCCUGACCACGGCUAUCAAGAUCGCGAAUAUCUUGGAAGACACCUCUGAUUUUGUGGAAACAUGGCCAAUGAUUGCCAGCCAGAUACGGAUUGCAGCGAACGACCGUCUAUGGGACAGCGAAUUGAACCUGUAUCGAGACAACGAUACACAGCCCCUGACAGACCUUCAUCCACAAGAUGGCAACGCAUGGGCAAUCGUCAGCAACCUGACAGGGAGUACAGCAAGAUCCAGCAACGUCUCUCGGGCCCUACAAGCACGCUGGGGACCAUACGGCGCCCCAGCCCCUGAAGCCGGCUCCACCGUCUCCCCAUUCAUCAGCGGUUUCGAGUUGCAGGCGCAUUACCUUGCUGGACGGCCGGAGGCUGCCGUGAACCUCACAAAGCUGAUGUGGGGCGACUUCAUGCUUGAUGAUCCAAGAAUGACAAACUCUACAUUCAUCGAAGGCUACUCUACUAACGGCGAUUUACAUUAUGCGCCAUAUUCGAACGAUCCUCGCAUAUCCCACGCACACGGAUGGGCUACUGGUCCUACAUCGACCCUGACAUUCUUCGGUGCCGGUCUACAGGUUACGUCCGCCGCUGGACAGACAUGGUUGGUCGAACCACAGCUAGGUGGACUGCAGUAUAUCGAAGCAGGCUACCAGACCAACUUGGGCAGUUUCUCGACAAGUACGCGAGCCAUGGAAGACGGAGGGUUGAAUGUGACGUUGAGUACGCCGCAGAGCACUUCGGGCGAAGUGAGGAUUAGGUACCACGGUACACUGGCCAGCUUGACGGUCACAAAUCUGGAUACUGGGACCAUGACGAGAAGAAGUGGGGAGGCACUUGAUGUUGUGAAGAGGCAAUCAUCAAGCUCGGAAGAUGCUCAGAUCGUGACCGUGUCGGACUUACAGGGCGGUAAUUACACGGUUAUUCUGCAGCUCAGCUAG